AGGUAACUAAGAUUGAAAAACUGAAAACGCCAAAGAAUAAUAAUAAUACAUAAAGGAACAAGGAUGGCUAAGGAUAGAGAAGGUUAGCACGGACUACACUGAACAACGCACUUGGACACAUUUAAAACUUAAAGACAAAGCUCCUUUAAGUGCUGCCUCCCCGAGAAACCGGUUUUUCAAUCCCUGUAACUGCGGAGCGGCUGGUUAAGGAAUCAUUGAAUUUUUUCAAUAAAAAGCGCUACUUGACAGCAUUUUAUGGGUUUUUACUCGCAUGACAAACACAAGCGCAAGUUUAAAACAAGUAGAACGCACACGUGUAAAACAAGAUGAACGGAACGAGUGUUUUCUAAGGCACCACAUAAAAGAUUCCUUUGUGUUUAAACGGUGUUCCUUUUCAUCAGCGGAAGGUGAAUGUAAGCAUAAGUGGAACAGCGGGGAAAAGAAACAUUUUGAUCCCGAUCUGUACUUGUAUGUUUGCUUGAAGCAUGAAUCUACAGUGGAAUAAGUAGUCUGACUUGUCAAUGUAGUUACGCUUGUGCUUGUGUUGUUUAUUGUGAAACCCAGCCGUCAGUAAGAUGUUGAUAAUUUAAGCACCUUUUGUAAGGAAAAUGUCCUAUUUUUCCCUGAAAAUAUGCCUUAUGCAACAUGUUUGCCACAUAAUUGAAUGAAAGAAAUCUAAAAUCUGAUUAUGGGAGUAUUUUGGUUUCAGCGAUCGACUCAGGAUGCUUCGUCAGAUAUAACUACUAUGAUCGCAUACGAAAGACAAUCCGUCAGGGUAUCGUCUCCAUUAGGCCUAGCUAAACUUUGUCAGAUACAUGUACUAAGUUCGACAGCCUGUGUCGAACAGGAGAACAGUCCGGCAGCGAAAAACACGCAGAAUGACUUGACAUCCAAAGCCGAGCUGUAAACUACAAUGAACCCCUCCACAAACCUCCGGCCACCCCGCACAAUAUAUUUAAAUGAAAAAUUAAAAUACACAAAGAAGCUGGUCACCAAAAAUAAUAACAGAGCUAAACGAGAAAAAACUGCUGCAGUAAGCAUGUUAAUGACUUCCACUGAAGCUGUGAAAACGUCAGUGAUCAAUAAAAAGCUUUCUAAUAAUGUCGGUAGUAUAGUCAAUCUGACAAUCACAAUCGACAGAAUUCAAAUACACGUGAGCUCAAAGCAUCUUGUUGGUGACAAAUUUAGUGCAUAGACGCCGGCUGUGAUGGUGGAUUUUUAGCAUGAAAUAACCGUCAGGCAUUCUGACUACCUUACCAGUGUGGUGUCUUGGGAAUUCCAACAAUUGUAAGUCAAUGUAAGCGCUAGUCUACAACUCAAGAUAUUGCUCAUGUGAAACCAUCUUGGUGGUGAAAAAGUCAGUAUAUAAACGCCGGCUUUGAUGGUAUACGUAUAAAAUCGCCGUCGCUUUCCAGCGAUCAAGUGAUCCUGAGUGGAUUUUGAGAAAUAUCUCUCGCUUAGACAGCUGACCUCACUUGCAAAAUAAUGGCGAUGACAAACGUAACUGGAGGUGGAAAGCACACUGAAUCAUUUGUACAACAGCUUUGCUCUGUCAGUUUGACGGACGGAAUACACGACCAGUUGAUAUCUAUCUCAGUGUUGGAUAUUUUCCUUUCCAUCACUGCCUUCCUUGGUAAUACUCUGAUCCUAGUCGCCCUUCGCAAGGAGUCUUCCCUUCAUCCGCCGUCCAAACUCCUAUUUAGUUGUCUGGCAACAACCGAUCUCUGUGUCGGUAUUAUUGCAGAGCCUCUUAAAGUUUGCUAUUUUAUGGCUCUCGCUCAGAAAAAAUGGAAUCUUUGUCGCUACGUCUUAGGCACCUUUUCCGUAACCGGCUAUACUUUGUCUGGAGUCUCUUUGUUAACCAUGACUGCAAUAAGCGUGGACAGACUUCUCGCCCUGUUGUUGGGACUGAGGUACAGACGAGUUGUAGCUUUAAAGCGUACAUAUGUUGUUGUAGUUAUGUUUUGGAUUGUGAGCAUUCUCGGUGCAACAUCGUUCUUAAAAAAUCACCUGAUCACCUUCUGGUAUGGCUGUGUAAUUACAUUGUUGUGUGUAGUAACGUCGAUCUUCUCGUACACAAAGAUUUUCCUCACACUUCGUCGUCACCAAACGCAAGUACAACACCACACUCAACAACCUAGCCAAGGAGUUCCACUGAACUCAGCGCGAUACAGAAAGGCAGUGUCCAGUGCGCUGUGGGUGCAGUUGGCAUUAGCGGUCUGUUAUCUACCAUACAGCAUAUUAGCAGCAUUGUUCAGUUAUAGAAGACUAUCUUCUUCCGAUCUUGUCCUCUGGGGAUUUGCGACCACUCUAGUUUUCUUUAACUCUUCGUUAAACCCGUUUCUUUAUUGUUGGAAGAUUGCUGAAGUGAAACGAGCAGUAAAGACGACAAUUAGAGAAGCAAUUUGCUGUCUGUGGAGUUAGGUGAUUGUCGUGUUGCACGACCGUGUUUUUCCUCUCAGAGUAAAUCUAAAACAUCGUCGUCGUCGUCGUCGUCGUCGUCGUCAUAAUCAUCAUCAUUAGUCCUGGCUCUCCUCUGGGAGAAUAGGACCAUAAUCUAAAUCAAUAAGUUUGGAAUAUUUUCUUUAAUUCUGAUGAUGUGUGGAGUUCAACUAGACUUCUAUUUCAUCAGGAGUUCCUUUCUUUCCGUAUAAUUUUUGUUUCUUAAAGUUGUUCCUGUACAUUACCCAGUGUUGUUCCCUGUAUGUUGGAAAGCGUGAGUUUCUGUUAAGUGUUGAGU